AUUUUUUGGUGUUGGAGUGUUUCGGUGGAGAAAAGGAGAAAAUAUCCAGAGGAGAAGGGCCAGACGUGUUCAAGAUGACUAAAAGACACAAGCAGAUAACUAUGUUGUAUGGCUCUGGCUUCUCCGGUGACAGUCGCGGCCUUUCCUGCUCCUCCUGCUGCUGCUCCGACAAACUCUGCUUCACGUUUCACCUCCACAAACCAAACCACUACAGAGCAGGAUCUUUCUCUUCCUCCUCAGAGAUCCGCUGUUGUCUGGACCUACAUCCUCCAUCAUAAGCAGUCACCCACUUUACUGCAUGUUGCCAGGUGCCAUGCUGCCCGCAGGCCGCCGAUGAGAAAACAUGUCGUCUGACUUUUGCUCCAGAGAUGGACUGGUGGUGGAGAGGGGCUCCGUGCCCCUGGACAUCGACAACGUCCACAUGCUUCUGCAGGUGGAACAAGAGCAGAUCCAGAAGAGGACCUUCACAAACUGGGUCAACGCUCAGUUGGCAAAGCGGAGGCCACCAUGUCGGAUCGUGGAUCUCUUCAACGACUUCCGCGAUGGCUCCAGGUUGCUGGACCUGCUGGAGGUGAUGAGCAACCAACACAUCAUUCGUGAGCGAGGCAGGGGCGUGUUCCAGCACAGGAGCAACAUAGAGAAAGCCCUCGCCUUCCUGAAGAAGAAAUCGAUUAAACUCGUCAACAUAAACAUUCCCGACAUCAUUGAUGGCAGACCGUCCAUCAUCCUGGGCCUCAUAUGGACGAUCAUUCUACAGUAUCACAUCGAGGAGUUGGCCAGCAGCCUGUCCUUUGACUCGCGUCAGUCCUCCAUGGAGUCUUUGGCCAGUCUGGACUCUCGCUCCACUCUGUCGAGCUGCCGCUCGGCCAGCAGCAGCCCACUUCCUCCCCGAGGCUCGCCGCUGCACGCGCGCUUCAGGGUUUCUGCCAAGAAGGCGCUCCUGCUCUGGGUCAGGGAGCAGUGUCACAGAGCCGGCUGUACCAUCAGCGUGAAAGACUUCAAAGCCAGCUGGAGGAGCGGUGUGGUCUUCCUCGCCAUCCUGUACGCUCUGAGGCCCGACCUGGUGGAUCUGUCCAAAGCCAGAACCAGGAGCAACAAGCAGAACCUGGAGGAAGCGUUUGGCAUCGCCGAGAGAGAGCUGAGGGUUCCCCGGCUGCUCGAGCCCGACGAUGUGGACGUGCGGGACCCCGAUGAGAAGUCCAUCAUGACCUACGUGGCUCAGUUCCUGCAGUACUCCAGGGAGCUGCCGCUGACGGAGGAAGAAAUGCAGACUCAGUAUCUGACGCCUCCAAAAAGUCCUUCUCCUGUCAACCUGCCUGUUCACUACACUCCUGCUAUCUCUGCUUCUCCUCUGCGACAGGCAACGCCUGAUCGCAAGGCACAGGAAGUGACGUGCUGGCUGGUUCAGGCCUACGAAGAGCUUCUGGAGGGAUGGGACUCCACCGAGGGAGAGAGCUACUCCGAGAGAUACCACGUUUUCCAGACGUUCCUCGUGUCCUUUAACGAGCAGCGACGUCCCAUCAUGCCUCUGCUGACGGCGAUGAGACGAAGCCCGAAACUGAGCAAGGAGCAGCAGGCUCUCAGAGAGGCCUGGGACGCGCUCACCGAGAAGCUUCGUGAGUACAAGAUCGAGUUGGACACGAGUCUUCCACCGCCGCUGGACGCAGUGGCGCGUUGGCUGCUGAGAGCAGAGGGCGCUCUGUCGGAGGAGCAGGGUGACCCUCAGGACCACGGCCGCGCUGCUGACGAAGCCCGGGAGAAACAGGAGCUGCUCAAGGUUUGCCUGGAGGAGAUGCCGCAGCAGCUCAAGACCUUUCAGUCCUUCCAGAACUUGGAUGAGUUUGGAAAUGUGAUUGUUCCCACUGACAAGAUAGACGAGCUGAAAAGAAGGUUCACCGGCGUGAGAGUCACCGCCAAGUACCACGGGGUCAAGCUGGAGUACCGGGAGCAGCGGCACACAGUUCUGGAUCUGUUGGGGCAGAUCAGGACCAAGCUCCGCGUUUGGAAGAGGCCGUUCAUUUCUCCGGAGGCCGUCAGGGUGUUGCUACAGGAAUGGCAUGAGCUGGUGAACACACAGGAGCUCACGUCACUGCUGGAAGCAGCUCUUCAUAAACUGAAAAUCAUUUCUGAGAAAUACUCCAGCAAAUCUGCGCUUGCUGCAGAUUAUCAGCACGUCAGUCAGCAGGUGAAGCAGCUGGAGGAGGACACUGCUGUGGUUCUGGAGGAGGUGACCGCCACCAAGGGCACCAUGGGCCGGGUGCUGUCGGCCUGGGACUCGUACAGCGACUGCCUCAGCUCCCUGCAGGCCUGGCUGGAGCAAAGCUCCGCCGCGGUGAUCCCUGGACACAGACCACCGGUGAGACCUGAGGCGAUGGCGGAGUGGGGCUCACGUCAGGCUCACCUGAACGAGGUGGGCAACUUCCUGGUCGAGUCGACCGACCCUCAGACCAGCAGGAGUCUGUCAGAGGAGCUGCGCAGGGUCAACAUGCACUGGGCCGACUUUGUCAAGAAAAACACAUUUGACAACGUGACGGAGCCCGGUGCUGAAGUCCAGACCAGACCUCAGGACCCGCAGACUCUGAUCCGAGAGGCCACUUUGAUCCUCAAGGAGCCUUUGGAGGCAACGGCAGGUCCUUUGCGCACAUACAGAAAAAGAUUACAGUUCAUCAUGAGGAAGCUAAGGGAAGUGGAUCUGGAAGUUCUCUCCUCAGAAUAUCCCGCAGAUCAGUUGCAGAAACUGAAGCUCGCCAUACCUGAAGUGAUGAAGACCCUGUGUGAGGCAGAGCAGGUGUGUAUGGAGCUGCAGCACAGUGUCUCGGGUCUGGAAAGUCGCCUGGCUGAACUCCUGCACUGGGAGACAGAGGCCAGAGAGCUUUACCAGCUGCUGAGGGCGGCAGAGCGACAACAGCAUCAGCGGGGCCAGGAUCCACGAGCCAGGAUCUUGAUUUCUCGUGGUCUUCAGCUGGAGGGCCAGGUUGUGACGGAGGAGCAGGACUUGCAGUUGAUGGUAAUGACAAAUCAGAAGAGUUCUCCCAUCCAGUACCUCCGUGCCACCGGUAUUCAGGACAGAGUGCGAGCAGCUGUUGCACAGUCACAGGAGGCUGUUGGUAUGCUGAGCAGCCUGGGAGCUAGAAGAGACAGAAGCAGAAGCCCCCCAGAAGAAUCCCCUCCACCAAAAGUUUUUAUCCAGGCUCAAGACAAACCUCAACAUCUGAGACAGUUGGACACCAGGCAGCCGACUCAGCAGCCUGAGUCAAAGUCAGUGUCUCAUCAACGCCACGGAACCUUUGUUCCCAAGAUAUUGGUGCAGGAAUACAGAGAGCAAACGACAACAUCUCCUCCAAUGCCGUAUUCCUAUGCAGACGCUGUGAAGCAAACAAGGACAAAGACACCACCAGAGGUCCAGUUUCAGCCCUGGUCAAUGACUGCUGUGUCAAAACAACAGCAAACUCAGGAACCACAGCAGCAGCAGGUAGAAGAACAGCUCUACAGACAAGAUGAAAAAGAGUUACAGCAGAAACAAUUCAAGCAAAAGCAACAGCAAGAAGUGGAACAGCAGGAACCGAUGCCACCGCAGCCACAAGAAUGGCAGCAGAAGCAGGAACAAAAGUUGAUGCAGCAGCAGAUAGAGAUGCAUCACUGUCAGGUUCUGCAGGGAAAAGAGUUGCCUGAGCCUGAAAAACAGCCUUCACUCCAACAGCCAGCUGUCGAGAACCUUCCUUCAACCUCCAAUGAGCUUCAAAGCAGAAAAGCUCGGGCCAUGAAAAACCGGCCUUGGCUUCAGAAACCAGUCUCAGAAGACCAAAAAGCUUCAGCUCCACAUCCGGAAGAGGAUUCUGCUCGGAAC